UGUCUCAGUAACAGGUUUAGCCGCUUGAUAUGAGGAGAGUGAGCAUAAAAGAUAAAAGAUAAAAGAUAAUUAAUCUGAUAUGAAGUCGGAGUUGUCGCAGUUGUUCUUCGCUGAUGACAGUGCAUUCAGAAGAUUCGGAAGAGAAGUUGCAAAAGCUCGUUUCACAAAAUGUGUGACGAUACAGUUGCAGCUCUGGUUGUUGACAAUGGCACCGGUUUUUGCAAGGCUGGUUUAGCUGGGGUGGAUGAUGACCCCCGCGCCAUUUUUCCCUCCAUCGUUGGCCGACCACGACACCAGGUUUCGAAGGUCGCCACGGGUCAAAAGGAUUCCUACGUUGGUGCCGAAGCACUAAGCAAGCAUAUUAACCUAACGCUCAAAUAUCCCAUCGAGCGCGGCAUUGUCACUAACUGGGACGACAUAGAAAUACUCCUCCACCACAUAUUCUACAACGAGCUGCGUGUGACACCAGAUGAGCACCCAGUUCUGCUAACAGAGGCUCCAUUCAACCCUAAGGCCAAUCGUGAGAAGAUGACCCAAAUUAUGUUCGAAACUUUUAAUACCCCCGCCAUGUAUAUAUCAAUGCAAGCUGUGCUCUCGAUGUAUGCUAGUGGUCGUACCACUGGUAUUAUUUUAGAAUCUGGUGAUGGCUUGUCAUACACUGUUCCCAUGUACCAAGGAUACGCUCUUCCUCAUGCUAUCCUCAGUCUGGAUUUCGCAGGCAGAGACCUAACUCACUAUCUGAUGGCCAUCCUUGCUAAGAGAGGCUAUACCUUCACAACCACUGCGGAGCGAGAAAUUGUUCGUGACAUCAAGGAAAAGUUUUGCUAUGUCUCCCUCGAUUUCGAGGAGGAAAUGGCUACUUCAACUCAGUCUUCAUCCCUUAAGCAGUCCUACGAACUUCCCGAUGGUCAGGUUAUCACCAUUGGCGACGAGAGGUUCCGCUGCCCUGAGGCUCUCUUUCAGCCUUCCUUUCUUGAUUUGGAAAAUGCUGGUAUCCACGAGACUACAUACAAUUCGAUUAUGAAAUGCGAUGUUGAUAUCCGUAAGGGCUUGUACGCCAAUACUGUGAUAUCUGGUGGUACCACCAUGUUUCCUGGCAUUGUUGACAGAAUACAGAAAGAAAUGGUUGCCCUGGCACCAUCCACUAUGAAGAUCAAGAUCGUUGCGCGUCCAGAGCGUAAAUACUCGGUAUGGAUGGGCGGUUCCGUCCUAGCUUCCAGCUCUAAUUUCAACAAGAUGUGGAUUACAAAAGAAGAAUACAAUGAAUCUGGUCCAUCCAUUGUUCACAGGAAGUGCUUGUAAGCACACUAAUAAUGAACAACGGAAGCGGUUUCAGUCCAAUUAUAUUAUUAUAAUUUUAAAUUCAAGCGUAAGGAACUUAGUAAAUAAAAUUAUAUUCUGUAA